UAUCCUCAUAUUCUGCAUGUCUUUGUCAGUUCAAGACGAUAAUUUCUCCGAGCAAUCGAACGCGUAGAAUAUACCAACAGCGGACUCCGAACAACAGAAAACACUCACCACAACUGAAUUCACGAGCAAUUACCGUCUCGUCAGUGAUCCUCACGUCAUGUCAUUACCCAUCGAACCGCAGACCUGGACCAAAGAUGUGUUCAUGAUAUCAACGGAUAAAGCCCUCCUCUCAGUGUCAGCCAUCAACACCGCGUUCGACACUGAUGCCUUGUACUGGACGAAAAGCUACCCCGAGGACGUCCUAAAACAGAUCAUUGAGGGUUCCUUUUGCUUCGGAGUGUACAAGACCAGGCCGACUAUCCCUAGCCAGAAGGGUGAAAGCAACGGCAUCUCAAGUGAUAUUCCAACACACUCAAAAGAAAAUGUAGAUCAGAUCGGAUUCGCGCGGCUUAUCACGGACAAUGUGACAUUCGCGUAUCUGACCGACUUGUACAUCCUCCCGGAAUAUCAGGGUCACGGUCUUGGGGGCUGGCUGAUCGAUUGCGUGGAUGAGGUAAUGCGACCGCUGCCGUACUUGAGGUGGUUUAUGUUGCGGACAUCGACCGAGAAGAGUAAGCAGGCGUACGAGACGCGUUUGGAAAUGAGUGUUUUGGACACGAGCUGUGCCAGUGAGGGAGCAGUCAUGAUGGGGAGGAAGGGGAAGGCGAAUAUGGCUUGAUUUGUCCUGAGAAUCGACAAUUAGAAGUGGAUUUCUGGGAAGGAUCGGCGGCUUGUAAGCUUGAGA